GCAGAUCAUGAAGAGGGCUGAUGUGUAAGGUCAGACGAAGAUGGGAGGCUUGAGGGGGCAGCUACUCAAUUUGAUGAUCGGGCUCCUGUUUCUGGCGAGCCUGCUGACCACUUUCAUGUGGUACAUGCUGGACAACAAAAAUUUGAAAAUUCGCAGACACCUGCCCAAGAUGAAAAUCGUCCCCCGGUCUACUGAUUCCUGCAAAAACUGUGGAGAGAGUAUAAAGAAAGCAUUAGAUAUUUACUACAAAACUUGGAGAAAGCAGGAGGACAGUUUCAAAAAUUUUAGUCAGCAGCUGAGCAGCAGGUGCCAUGGGUUAGAUAAAGCCAUCAUUAGCCAAAUGAACACUCCACUGGGAUCGAAGCUGGUUUAUGAUGGGGAAAAGAAGAGGGCAGCUCAAAUAAAUGCAGAGCUCUUCAGCACCUUCCCAAAGGUUAGUCCUUUCUCAAACAAAACAAUGACCUCUUGUGCCGUUGUUGGGAACGGCGGCAUCCUGGCAAACAGCCAAUGUGGAAAAAUGAUUGAUUCAGCGGAGUUUGUCAUCAGGUGUAACCUACCUCCUGUUUCAGACGGAUAUGAGAAACAUGUGGGUAGUAAAACAAACCUUGUGACAGUAAAUCCGAGUAUCCUCUUAGAUAAGUAUGGGUCUCUAAUGACACGCCGGCGUCCUUUUGUGGAGAAGCUGCGUAACUAUGGUGACUCCAUGAUGCUUCUUCCUGCCUUCUCCUUUGGCAUGAACACUCCUGUGUCUCUGCGGGCUUUCUACACCGUUGAGGACUUUAAAAGUCCCAUCCGGCCUCUCUUUCUGAACCCACAGUACCUUGAGAGUCUGGACGUCUUCUGGAAAUCUCAGGGCGUGAAGGCGCAACGGCUCAGCAGCGGCAUUAUGAUGAUCAGCCUGGCGCUGGAAAUUUGUGACAAUGUGCACCUGUACGGAUUCUGGCCCUUCAGUAUUCACCCACACAGCUUCCAAGACUUGAGUAACCAUUACUAUGAUGAUAAACAAGAUAAAAAGAACUUCCAUGCCAUGCCAACGGAGUUCAACCUACUGCUGAAACUGCACACCCAAGGUGUGUUGCAUCUACACUUGGGGGACUGUGAACCAGGUGAUUAUUAUUAGCCUUGGAGGAAGAUUU